AUGAAUUUAUUUGUUGUUCCUUCAACAUAUCCUGAAAUCCAUAAAACAGAUUGUAUGUAUUGUCCUGUAUCUAUUGGGACGCAAAACAAUGACAAAUUAUAUAUUUGUUUAAUGGAUGGACAAAGUUUUUGUGAAGAAUGUCUUCAUAUUCAUCAAGAAGUUAGUGGGCAUCAAUUAUAUUUAGUCAUUCAUGAAAUACAAGAAAAAGAAGAAGGGGAUUUCUUUAAAGAAAAGAAAAAAGAAUAUUGGAUUGAAAAAGAAGAAGAAAAUAAAGAAAGAAUCAAUAUAGAAAGUCUUGAAGAAGGAAAAAUAAAAGAUUAUAUUAAAUAUAUUAUUGGAAGUAUAGGGGUUGAAAAAAAAGUUAGUGAAAGUGAAAAUAGUAGAACAAGAAUAUAUACCGAAAAUAUUCAACAAAUUGCAAGAAGUAAAAAGUUAGAUUUAAAUAAUAUUCAAUGUGAAGAAGAAGGAUGUGAUAUUAAAGACAAUCUUUGGUUAAAUUUAAUUGAUGGAAGUGUAUAUUGUGGGAGAGAACAAAUGAUGGUUAAAGGACAUUCACAUGCAUUAAAACAUUAUGAAAAGACAAAAAGACCAUUAGUUGUAAAGAUAGGAACAAUUAGUAGUGAUGGGACAGCAGAUAUGUAUGACUAUAGUAAGGAUGAAGAUGUUAGAGAUCCAUUAUUAAAAGAACAUUUAGGAUUUUAUGGAAUAGAUAUUAGUAAGUUAAGUAAGACACAACUAAGUUUAGAUGAAAUUGCAAAAGAAGCAGCAUUAAAGAUGGAAAGAGAAAGAAUUGAAGAAAUAGGGGUAGAACAUAAAUUAUGUUAUGGUCCAUACAAAACAGGGAUUAGAAAUAGUGGAAAUACAUGUUAUGCAGCAGCAGGUGUUCAAAUGAUCUUUGGAAUUACUGAAGUAAGAAAUAAAUUGAAUAAAGAAUAUCAAAAUUUAAUUAGAAAGAAUUGGAAAGGAAUUGAAUAUCAUAUGACAACUCAAAUGGCUAAAUUAGCACAAGGAUUUAUUUCAGGAAAAUGUUCAGAAGAAGAAGAAAAUACAGGAAGUCAAGUUGGAAUGAGUAUUAUUGGAUUAAAACAAGGAUUAGGUCAUUAUUAUCAGAUGUAUAAAACAAAUGAACAACAAGACAGUAGUGAAUUUGUUCUUCAUUUAAUUGAUAGGAUGGAACAAGAAGGAUUUAAAGAAAUUGAAGAAAAUUUAGAAGUAAUAAUACGAAAUGAAAUUAAAGGAGAAGGAAUGAGUGUUAAUACAACUAGAGAAAAAAUAAUAGAAAUGGGACUUGAUGUUCCAUAUAUGGUUUUAAUAGAAAGAAAACAUAUUGAUUUACAUAUGGAAGAUAUUAUUAAAAUGUAUGGAAGUAUAACACCAAUUGAAGGGUAUCAAAAGAAUGGAAGAUAUAUUAAUGCAACUAAAAGAAUAAGAAUUGGAAAAUUUCCAAAAUAUCUUCUUAUUAAAUUAGAAAGACAAAUUGCAAUAAGUUAUGAAGAUGUAAGAAAAGUAGAUGCAGAUGUAUUUGGAAUGGAACGUAUUGAUUUAUCAAUGUUAAAAAGUAAUAAGAAAGAAGAAGAAAAGGAAGAAAAAGUUGAAAUUAAUCAAGAAAAAUUAGAGCUUCUAGUUUCAAUGGGAUUUGAUGAAACACAAGCAAAAACAGCAUUAACAAUAACAAAUAAUGAUAUAGAAGAAGCAAUAAUAAAGUUAACUAGUGGAGAAAUUAAAGAAAUAGAAGAUACCGUAACAGAUAAAUAUAGAGAAGGAAUAGCCAUGAUGAAAGACAUGGGAUUUGAUGAAGAAAUUAGUCGAAAAGCACUUGAGAAAACAAAAGGUGAUAUUGAACAAGCUAUUAUAUUUGCAGCAACAAGAGAUGAAGAAAAAGAAAAUAAGAUGGAAGAAGAAGAUAAUGAUAGAAGUGGAAAAUAUGAACUUAUUGGAUUUGUGUCACACAUUGGAGCAAAUGUUAAUUGUGGACAUUAUGUAUGUCAUAUGAAACAAGGGGAUGAAUGGAUUAUGUUUAAUGACAAUAAAGUUUAUCAAUCUCAAAAUCCACCAUUUACAAGAGGAUAUCUCUAUCUCUAUAAGUCAAUAGAAUAA